AUGUCAAAGGGAGACAGUCGCGCUAAAAAGAUUGAAUAUUUUGAAAAACUCAAAUCUUUACUGGAGGAAUACCCUUCCAUUUUUAUUGUGAAUGUUGAUAAUGUCGGGUCCAAUCAAAUGCAUCAGAUUCGUCAUUCUCUUCGUAAAAAGGCAGUCGUUUUGAUGGGAAAGAACACUAUGGUCAGAAGAGCUCUCCGAACUCUAAUAAGUGAAAACCCUCAAUAUGAGAAAUUAUUACCCCAUGUCAAGGGAAACAUCGGUUUUGUGUUCACAAAAGAUGAUUUAAAAGAAACACGAGAUACAAUUUUAUCUAACAGAGUUCGUGCACCAGCCAAAGCGGGGGCAGUUGCUCCUAAUGAUGUAAUUGUUCCUGCCGGUAAUACUGGUAUGGAACCAGGAAAGACAUCUUUCUUCCAGGCUUUAGGAGUCCCGACCAAAAUUGCGCGUGGUACUAUUGAAAUUAUUAAUGAUGUAGCUCUUUUGAAAGCUGGAAGUAAAGUUGGUGCUUCUGAGGCUACCUUGUUGAACAUGUUAAACAUUUCUCCCUUUACAUAUGGGUUGACCGUUCUUCAAAUUUAUGAUAAUGGUUUCACCUUCCCACCUGAGGUUCUUGACAUCGAGGAAUCAACCUUGUUUGAACAUAUCGCAAAUGGUAUCAGGAAUAUUGCUUCGAUCUCUCUCGCAAUUGGGUAUCCGACAAUCGCAUCUGUACAUCAUUCUCUCAUCAAUGGGUACAAGACGUUAUUACAUAUUUCACUUGCUACUGAUUAUACUUUCUCUGGUUCCGAAAAGAUCAAGGAAUACCUUGCAGAUCCAUCUGCAUUUGCUGCGAUCGCCACGACUGCUACAACUACAACCGAAACCACUAGGGAGGUUGCUCCAGCUAAGGAAGAGGAACCAGAAGACGAAUCAGAUGAUGAUUUGGGUUUGGACCUUUUCGGUUAA